CACCAGCUGUAGUUGUAGCCAGUUGUAGCUGUGUUAGACGCACAAUUUCAGACAAGAAAUGAGGUGCUUGAAAUGAAUGCUGUCAUCACAAUUAACCAUUUUUGUGAGGUCCACGGGCCAAAGGUUUUGUUCUGCACGCAAACCUUCCACUCGUCAGCCCCUUUUGAUCCUGAAACAUUGCAGCAAGGAGAAAAUGCAAAAGUGCGGAAAUUCUAUGGAAAUUUAGAGCUAUUGAGAACUAGCCCAGGAGUUGUCCCUUCUUGCGAGGCAUGCAGAUCAUUGGAUGCUAAAAUUUCUGGCUACCUAAGUAGCGACCAUGAAAACAGAACCAGCUAUCUGAGUGGCCAAAACUCAAUUGUACCUAGUGUGUGUAGUUUGGCCAAUCAAGCGUGCCUUCGGUCCUUGAGCUGUGAGACAUCAAAGGUGUCAAAAGAUGAGCCAGAAAAACCAAUUUUCUUUGGUGACUGUGACAGAGGGCAUGUGCUGUCCAUGGCCUUCAGUGUUAAAGAUGCACAAGGCAGAGGCUUCCAGAGAAAUUUCAGUAUUUGUGUGUUGGCAGUGGACGCACUUAUGCUCUUGCAAUCAUGGCCAUUUCUUGUGAAACACUUGCAGACAAUCAUAACUGAAUUACAAAAUUUAGCUUGGAAGGUGCAUGAGAAGGAGCAGGAAGCUUGUCCACAGAGAGCCAUGCGAUUGAAUGCCGGCUCUAAAUUGGAAGAGACAAAGUGCAGUAAUAAGACUGCAAGAUCACUGGCUGAGCUGACUGGCGAACCUCAAGUGUUUUAUCAUUUACACUGCUGGUUUGUUUGGCUUUUGAAGGCCGGUGCCAGCAGGCUUCAGGAAAAGCUGAUUUUGCCUCCUUUUCUGCGCGACGUCGGGCACUUUGGCGCAGGAGUCGAAACCGAAGAAGGAUUCGUCCUAGUGCCCACCUCUGCCAGCAUCACUGUCAACUCAGAAUCUGCUGAGCACAGGGGUGUUCAAGAGCUGGAAGCGAGUGGUUCAUCCACUUAUCCUAUCAUUGGACCGACCAUACCAGGAGGAAUCUCAGAAUUGUACUUGCUGAUGGGUAGGAACCAGUUUUUGCUAGCUGCUAAUUUUCUGCUUGUUGGACAUCAGCUGAUCAUCCAAUGCGACUGGCCAUCCUUGGCCCACGCUGUGAUUCAAUGCUUCAAGUGCAUUGUCACGCGAGCAUUAUUCCAGCCUGAAUUCUGGAGUUCAACCUACUUUUCCUCAUCCUCAUGCACUCUUCUUGGAGUGUCAAGUUCUGUGCGAUUGCCAUCUCCUCUGCCUUCUAGUGCUGUGUUGAUUGAAAUUACAAAAGGCGAUCAAAAUGUGAAAUCAAACGGGCAGAGUCUUAAGUUCAGCGUCAAAGCUCCAAAACCACCUGCAAGAUGGCCAACUCUUUUGACAAAAAUGGAUAAAGCGCUUCAGAAUGACUUCCUGACGCCAAUGGCACUUCAUUGCCAUUUUGUGGCACUUAAAGAAGAAUGGCUUAACAUUUCAAGAACAGUGAUGAAAAUGCUGCAAACUGGCAAAUCUGCCAGUGACUUAACACCCCUAAUGACAACCUUCGGAGCUCAGGCUCAAGACUGGCAGCUGAUUCGACACUGGGGCGUCAUCCACUCAGUUAAUUCAUUGUCAAAUUAGGAACAGAAGUAAAUAAAAGUGAAGAGUUGAUUUUUAUACUGUC